AAAACAUCUAGUGGAAAGAGAAUACGGGAUAAAGACCAUAGUUGUUUUUUUUGUCACAAGUUGCUUCGUAAUUUAGCCAGACAUUUUGAAAGGGCUCAUGAUAAAGAAAUGGAAGUUGCCAAAAUUCUGAGUAUGCCAAAAUGUUCCAAAAGACGAAGAGAUGCUUUCAAUGCUCUGACGCGUAAUGGUGACUUUUAUCAUAAUUGUGACGUACUCUUAUUGCAAAAGGGAGAACUCGUCUUAUCACGUAGACCAACCGAACAAGAAAAAAAGUUUCUGAAAUAUUCUGAUUAUGGUCCUUGUCCCGAAUGUCUAGGUUUCAUGAAGAAACGGCAUCUAUGGCACCAUCUUAAAUAUUCAUGUGUCUGCAUGAAGGACAAAAAUAUUUUGAAAUCGCUGAAAACAUCACGGCAACCAGCUGCUGAGAGUACUUCCCUACUGAAUGGAAUCUAUGGGCAAAACCUAACACAAGAUUUUCGUUCUAAUAUUUUGAACAAGCUGCGAAAUGAUGACAUAUCUGAAAUAUGUCGCAAAGAUGAUCUCAUUCUACGAUAUGGAGCAUUUCUCUAUGAAAAAUAUGGUAGCACUCAGAGAGAACUAAUAAGACAAUCUAUGCGGCAACUUGGGAGGUUAACAAUAGAGCUCACUAAGGGAAAUACGAAUGUAAACAAGUUAAUUGACGCUCUCACUCCUGAAAUGUUUGAUGCUGUUGUCUCAGCGACAAAGUCUCUCUGUUCAACAUCUACCGAAGAAGCGAAAAGGACUGAAUUUGGAAUUCCAUCUUUGGCGCUGAAAAUUGGGUAUUCUAUCAGAAAAUGCAUUGGGAUUGAAAGAGGUUUAUGUUUGCGGAAGGGUGACCUGAAAAGAAAUGAUAUACUGUUAGGUUUUUUGUCGAUUUUGGAUUUGGAGUGGAGCGUCAGAAUCUCAUCUAAUGCAUUAGCUACUCUGCAAUCUAGAAAACUCAAUUCCGUUGAUUUACUUCCAAUUACUGGUGAUUUGAUCAAAUUGAGCAAGUUCUUAGAAUUUAUGAUCGGAGAAACUAAGAAUGACAUGAAAAGAGAAAAGAGUUUUCAAAAUUGGAGUAAACUAGCAUCACUCACCUUGAGCCGUAUCAUUCUUUUCAAUAAAAGAAGAUCAGGAGAAGCUGCAAGAAUGAGAGUUGAAAACUACACUAACAGACCGGCAUGGCAAAGUCAAAGUGUAGCAGAAAUGAGAGAAUCUUUGACGGAAUUUGAAAAUCAGUUAGCUAGUGCCUUAACGGUUGUAGAAAUAGUAGGAAAGCGAGGAAGAAAAGUACCAGUCUUGCUCACUAAAGAAAUGAAAGAAUCUAUCGAUUUUCUACUGGCAACUCGUAUAGAAGUGGGAGUGCCCGAGGGAAAUCCUUUCGUGUUUGCACGGUUAGGUGAAUUACAUUCCUAUAUGAGAGGCCACGAUUGCAUAAAAAAAUGGUGUUCUGAAGCAAACUUAGAGUCGCCAGAAACGAUAACAAGUACAAAGUUAAGAAAGUACGUAGCUACCGUUUGUCAAGUUUUCAAUCUCAAAGAGAACGAGUGUGAUUGGCUAGCGAGACAUUUGGGUCACGAUAUUAGGGUCCAUCGUGAAUUCUACCGUCUCCAUGAAAAUACAGUUGAGCUAACCAAAGUCAGCAGGUUGCUUUUGGCAGUUGACCAAGGAAAAGCACAUACAUUUGCUGGAAAAUCUCUAGAGGAUAUUCAAGUACAAGAUUUGCCACCUAUAGAAGAAGAUCCGCCUGAUUUAGAUGGAAAUGAUGAAGCAGAUGAUGAAAGCAAUGAAGGAAUUCUAAGGGUCAGUGCUGGGGAUUCAGCAAACAAAAUGGAAAUAGAAUUACCAUCAGAACCAUCACUUGAAAAAGCGAAACAAAAACCUAAAACCACCAAACCAAAAAGGACGAAGAGGGAGGCAGCUCUAGGAAGAGUUCCGUGGAAUCAUUCUGAGAAGGAAGUUUUGUUGAACGAAUUCAAAAUUGAAAUAAAAAGAGGAAUCGUACCAGGAAAGGCUAAGUGUACGAUGAUAAAACAUGAUCAUGACAAUAUACUCAGCAGUAGAUCAUGGACUGAUAUUAAAUUUUUCGUUAAGAAUGUAAUAACAAGAAAUAAGAAAAAUCGAAACUGAAAUUUUAUAGUAUAUUGUGUCACAAGGGCAGAAAAUGAGCUUCAGUAGCCUGUGGCUAUUAGCUGAACAAAAAUCCUUGAUUUCAUGAAAUUUUUCAUUUUCUUGCUUCCAAACUAUGAUGCACACUGACAAUCAACAAAAAUUUAUGUGAAAUGCGAAAAUUCGCAUCACGCAAGUUAAAUACAGGUGUAUAGAUAGUGGAAAACUACAAAAUCGUUUUGUAAUGAGUUUAGCAGCCCAAAGAACGAUUUUCAAGUUUUUCACUAUCUGGGCACCUUUGACUGUCAUUUGCGUGGCGCGUUUCCUGCUGUUCCACAUAAAUUCUCCAUAAGAGGUCAGUGUGAAUCUAAGUUUGGAAUCUAGAGAACCAAACAAAUCUCAUGAAAUCAAAGAUUUAUGUAUAAUCUCUUUUUCUGUGUAUUCUUGAUAGGCAAGAAACAAUUAGG